AUGAACCAAGCCAAACGAGUUGAAUGUGACACCGAUAAGGAAACCCAACGAAAACAUGAUGUGAAAAAUGAAACAGAGAACGUAACCGACAAGCGUAAGUAUGUACCGCCGAUGAAAAAAACAUAUGAAAUUCAAAACGAAUUAAGCACCCAAAUUGAUGAAAAGAUCGAAGAUUUUAAUAAUUCGACGUGCAUAACAGAACCGGCGACAAAAAGAGCUAAGUACACAGAACCCAUUGUGAAUAAAAUCGAAAAUAAAAAAACACAUACAGCCCAUAAAAAAGUUAUGGAAACUCUACUCAAUUCUAACCCCAAAAAUAUUAAUAUAAUAUUACUACAAAAUGAUAUUCGUCAGUAUAGUUAUACCCCAAAAAAAAAUUUAGAUAAUAACUUGAUUUUACACACACACGACAAAAACGAAUUAAAGUGUAACCGUUGUGGACAUACGACCAAUAAGAAAUCUCACUUGAUAUCUCAUUUGAAAACUCACACUGGUGAGAAACCGUUUUCAUGUAAUAUUUGUGAUUACAAAUGUAUAACAAGCAGUGGCUUAAAGAAACACGUGAAAACACACACUGGUGAGAAACCGUUCUCUUGUAAAGUGUGUGAUUACAAAUGUAUCACAAGAAGUGGCUUAAAGAAACACGUGAGAACACAUACUGGUGAGAAACCGUUUACGUGUAACGUGUGUGAUUACAAAUUUAUACAAAGCGGCGACUUGAAGAGACACAUGAGAACACACACUGGUGAGAAACCGUUCUCUUGUAAUGUGUGUGAUUACAAAUGUAUUACAAGCAGUGCCUUAAAGAAACACGUGAGAACACACACUGGGGAGAAACCUUUUACGUGUAACGUGUGUGAUUACAAAUUUAUACAAAGCGGCGACUUGAAGAGACACAUGAAAACACACACUGGUGAGAAACCGUUCUCUUGUAAUGUGUGUGAUUACAAAUGUAGAGAUACCUGUAAAUUGAAGACACACAUAAGAACACACACUGGUGAGAAACCGUUCUCUUGUAAUGUGUGUGAUUACAAAUGUAUUACAAGAAGUGGCUUAAAGAAACACGUGAGAACACACACCGGUGAGAAACCGUUCUCUUGUAAUGUGUGUGAUUACAAAUGUAUUGCAAGCAGUGCCUUAAGGAAACACGUGAGAACACACACUGGUGAGAAACCGUUUACGUGUAACGUGUGUGAUUACAAAUUUAUACAAAGCGGCGACUUGAAGAGACACAUGAAAACACACACUGGUGAGAAACCGUUCUCUUGUAAUGUGUGUGAUUACAAAUGUAGAGAUACCGGUAAAUUGAAGACACACAUGAGAACACACACUGGUGAGAAACCGUUCUCUUGUAAUGUGUGUGAUUACAAAUGUAUUACAAGCAGUGGCUUAAAGAAACACGUGAGAACACACACUGGUGAGAAACCGUUCUCUUGUAAUGUGUGUGAUUACAAAUGUAUUACAAGCAGUGGCUUAAAGAAACACGUGAGAACACACACUGGUGAGAAACCGUUUACGUGUAACGUGUGUGAUUACAAAUUUAUACAAAGCGGCGACUUGAAGAGACACAUGAGAACACACACUGGUGAGAAACCGUUCUCUUGUAAUGUGUGUGAUUACAAAUGUAUUACAAGCAGUGCCUUAAAGAAACACGUGAGAACACACACUGGGGAGAAACCUUUUACGUGUAACGUGUGUGAUUACAAAUUUAUACAAAGCGGCGACUUGAAGAGACACAUGAAAACACACACUGGUGAGAAACCGUUCUCUUGUAAUGUGUGUGAUUACAAAUGUAGAGAUACCUGUAAAUUGAAGACACACAUAAGAACACACACUGGUGAGAAACCGUUCUCUUGUAAUGUGUGUGAUUACAAAUGUAUUACAAGCAGUGGCUUAAAGAAACACGUGAGAACACACACCGGUGAGAAACCGUUCUCUUGUAAUGUGUGUGAUUACAAAUGUAUUGCAAGCAGUGCCUUAAGGAAACACGUGAGAACACACACUGGUGAGAAACCGUUUACGUGUAACGUGUGUGAUUACAAAUUUAUACAAAGCGGCGACUUGAAGAGACACAUGAAAACACACACUGGUGAGAAACCGUUCUCUUGUAAUGUGUGUGAUUACAAAUGUAGAGAUACCGGUAAAUUGAAGACACACAUGAGAACACACACUGGUGAGAAACCGUUCUCUUGUAAUGUGUGUGAUUACAAAUGUAUUACAAGCAGUGGCUUAAAGAAACACGUGAGAACACACACUGGUGAGAAACCGUUCUCUUGUAAUGUGUGUGAUUACAAAUGUAUUACAAGCAGUGGCUUAAAGAAACACGUGAGAACACACACUGGUGAGAAACCGUUUACGUGUAACGUGUGUGAUUACAAAUUUAUACAAAGCGGCGACUUGAAGAGACACAUGAGAACACACACUGGUGAGAAACCGUUCUCUUGUAAUGUGUGUGAUUACAAAUGUAGAGAUACCGGUAAAUUGAAGACACACAUGAGAACACACACUGGUGAGAAACCGUUCUCUUGUAAUGUGUGUGAUUACAAAUGUAUUACAAGCAGUGGCUUAAAGAAACACGUGAGAACACACACUGGUGAGAAACCGUUCUCUUGUAAUGUGUGUGAUUACAAAUGUAUUACAAGCAGUGGCUUAAAGAAACACGUGAGAACACACACUGGUGAGAAACCGUUCUCUUGUAAUGUUUGUGAUUACAAAUGUAUACAAAGCGGCGACUUGAAGAGACACAUGAGAACACACCUAUUUUAG